AUGGGAAUACCGCGUCUCAUCGUUACCCUAGAACCAUAUGUUGUUCAUGGUGUUCUCGAAAACCAACAUGUAGUUAUAGAUGGCCCGGCAUUGGCAUAUCACAUACUCUAUAUCUGCAACAGGCACGGAAUACCUCAGCCGUCGUACAAGCUCCUAGGCGAGACUGCUAUAGCCUGGUUUGAUGAGCUUAUUCGAUGUGGUGUAAGCGUUGAUGCUAUAUAUUUCGAUGGAUAUCUACCGCACGCAAAAGGGCCUGUUCGCAUGCAACGAAUGGUCAAGAGCCUCAAUCAGCUAAAGGCCUUGCAUUCUGCUGAGGCCCAAGGUUUCUCUUUGUCGUACUUCUCUGCUGUGGAUGAAACUUCGCCAACCCUCUUUUCUGCAGCGAAACCACCAGGGAAACCGGCCCCGCCUCCUAGCUUUCAUGUUCCUGCUAUCAUAGAAGCUCUGAGGUCUUCUCCGCGCUAUGCAAAACUUAUACACCUUGUUCCAGGAGAAGCUGACGCAUACUGCGCACAACAUGUGUCAGAAUCAGGUGGCACGGUUUUGACCUCAGAUUCGGAUCUUUUAGUCCAUGACUUAGGAAAAGGGAGCGUCGUUUUCCUUCGAGACAUUUAUCUAGAUGAGCAGUCCAAUCUUGCGUGUGCGAGUUUCAGCCCUGCGUACAUCUGCGAGAAACUCAAGCUUGCUUCGUCGGCUGAGAUUUGUCGAUUUGCUUACGAACGAAAGUGCUCCCCUCAUUCGACUCUUCCACAACUCUUACGGGACUGCGCACGGCCAAUCACUGACCGUGAGGGCUACAUCGAGUUCUGUCAUGAGUAUCUAGACCAUGUAGUCGCAUCUAUACCCGUCUGUGUACAGGGAGCUCCAAUACAAACCGGUUCUCUGGACCCGAGAAUAUCGGAGAUGGUAUUGCAAUUGGGCAAUCAGGACGACAAAAUGGACGGUUUCAAUGACCCGAAACUAUUCCUUCCAAUUUUGCUUGAGAGUCCAUCAAGAGGGAGUGCUUGGGAGCAGAGCACUCCGAUACGGCAAUUGGCUUACACGAUAGCCCGCUGGAUUGUCCCUGGCCCUGCUUCUACCAUCCAGGAGUAUAGGCGUGUGAACACUACGGUGCAGAAAGGACGGCAAGUUCUUAUGUUGCCUGAGAGAGCAGCAAAAGCUCGAGUCCAAGAUCUUGUUAGGUUGAUGUCUAUGGCCCAAGCAGGACCCCAAGGUGGUGCAGCUCAAGCCUGGCACACGCUUUGCUUGACCUUGGAUAUCCGAUAUUGUCGCGAAGAAGGCAAACAUUCCCAUACAUUGCAGACUCUAGAGGAGAGUCUGCAGAGCCCAGCGUUCAAGAGAGUUACCUGGGAUAUUGUCCACUUCGUCGCACAUCUACAAGCAGCUUACUACUCGUUUCGGCUCUUGAAGCAAAUUUUUUCGAUUGCACAAACCAAAACUAUGUUUCCAGAACUACAGGACAUGCUGUUAUCACUUCCGCCCUUGGCAGAGUUUCCCGAUGUCGGAAAAACACUCACAUUUCUGCAAAAUGGCCAGGCAGAUGUUUUCAGGACAAUCUCCAGGCUUGUUCCAUUACCGGAUACAAAUGUUGCUACGAAGCCCAAGCGAACCACCAAAGACAAGAAGCGGAAAGUCAGCAAGGAGAAUGCACCCAAAUCGAAAGCCAGAAUCGCGAAGCCUGCAACAAGAAACUUCUUUGACGUCCUAUCUUAUCAGGGGUGA